AUUAGCCCUCACCAGUUCGAGUUGGCCACAUGUGGUAACUUUCCGAAGACGAGAGGGUCACACCGAUGGAUCGUAGAUUUGGUUUUUGAAUGCCUCCUCCCCCUCUCUCCCCCCCCUCUCCCACCAUUUUUGUUUCUCCUUUUUUUCUGAUUUGUUUUUAAAUUUCUUCCCUCCCACAUAUUUAUUACCUCCCCCUUUUAACACGGGUUGGCUAUCGAUACGUUUCCUUACGCAACUGUGAGUGCUUUUUUUUUUGUGUGUGUGUGCUAUUUACACGAUAAUCUUUCGUCGGGAAGAAAAAAAGAGAAUAUUCGUACUUGUGUAUUUCGUGCCUUGUUAAAAUCUAUUUUUUUUUUAUUAUUACAAAGACAAAUGUUAAUGUUGUAAAGAAAAGAAUCUACACGGCUUUUUCUUUUUGUUUGGAAAGGAUUACCUGUGCUGUGUUCCUGUGACUUUGUUUGUGUUAUGGAUUACCUGUGCUGUGUUCCUGUGACUUUGUUUGUGUUAUGAUGAUCGGACACUGUGACUGACGGCCAGAGGUCAAGCACUUGCUGGUCAUCUGCCAAAACAAACAGGAAACCUUACGAAGAUCUAACCUUGUUUUUAAAGAAAAACCUCGACUAAAGAAAAAAAAAUGUUUCUAAGUGAAAGUCAGUAUACAUUAUCUGUCACUUUUCGAAUCGGAAUUUUAAAGCCAAAUAGAUCUCUUAAUUUGGCCACGUUGGAUAAAAAAAUCUGGUCACAUGUUUUCAGUUUGAUAGGAAAGUUUACAACUUUAAAUCAAAUACUCGAUUUGAUCUUUUAAAUUCCAUCAAGUACGUAGAUCUACAUCUCUGGGAGAGAACAAAAUCUUUCAAAAAGAUUUCCCCAAGGUGGAUGACCAGUUUAUUGCUACAGCCAGGGAAAUAACUAUUUGCUUUGUAUACUGACCUUUCAUACACACAGCGAUGUACAGCCGGCCGAAAGAGUCCAGCAGAGUUGUGUGUAACGGAUCUAUGUCUGUCGUCUGCUUAACCAAGCACGUGAUCAUCACGUGGCUAGUGGCAGGAAGUCUCUGCUGGACAAAUCCAGGGCUCAGCGCUUCGAAAAUCAGCGUAACUAAAGCGCUGGACGGAAACACUGACCCGUCCAGUUCAACAACGCUAAACAAUAUGUCUUCAACACUCUGCGGUCAGCAGCCUGACGAUUCUGUAUUCAGUCUGUGUCCGUUGGUUUGUAACUGUACCUGGAGUAACGGAGUAGCCGUCAUAUGCAGCCAGCCGGAAGUGCUGCAAGAGCUGCCGAGCAUUCCUGGAGAGUUAGCGAGACGAGUUGCCUAUUUAGUGAUACAGAAUCAACCCAGAAUCAAGCAUGUGGAUCGAUCCUGGUUUGAACACUUCAGUUGUUUGAAAAGCUUGCAGCUUACCGGAUGUCGUUUGCAAUGCAGAUGUGAAAACAAAUGGCUGGCUACUUCUGGAAUGGUCAACGAUACGUCCACGCUGAAGUGUAUUGAGGACGCUGGCAGCGGCGAUAAUAGCUCCACGGGCAGCAACUCAGUCACGUUCUCUUCGUCUGUAGAGAUGAACAAAUGUGAGAAACCAUUUAUUACGGACUGGCAUUACUUCGAAGCCCAACAUGGCACCCCUCUCAGGAUGAUCUACGAAGGGGGCGGCUACCCCACGCCUGACAUUCAGCUGUACCGCAACGGGUUCAGAACAAAAUUCGGCUCGGUGUAUCGUCAUAGAUCUUUGACCCCCAAACAUUUGAACGCCACGGUCAGGGGCGUCGUCGAAAUAGACGUCGUGUUGAAUGGCCAAUUUUCAGUGGUGCUGAGCAACGCUCUGGGCCACGUCAGGAGCCACAAUCUCACAGUGAACACUACAGUCAGUUUUCCCUAUGACAGGCAGCCGCUGUGGCUAUACACUGUCUCAACGUUGAAUGAGCCUGUGACCACCACACACUUGAUGUCAACAAGUAGCAACAGUCAGGACGAAACGCCGUGGAUUCACAUUUUCCUACCAGCCUUUGGAAGCAUUCUGUUCAUCGGCAUCGUCGUCGUGGUCAUCCGGUCCGUCUGGAGGAGAUCUCGACUCACUAGGCUGAUGACCAAUCGAAAGCCGAUGAAGAUGGACCGGAAGUGUAACGAUUUCUACGAAGGGCUGCCACUCUCAAGCCUCCACCUGGUUGACAACCCAAACUACUGUGUCAGCAGGAAAAAGACGAACCCGUUAAGAUGUCCCAAGACGGUGAAGCUUCAAACAAUUCUGCUCAUGCGGGUGAUAGGAGAGGGCGCUUUCGGCCGUGUCUUCCUCGGGACAUGCGCACACCUGAUCAAGAAGAACGAGUUCACCAUUGUGGCGGUUAAAACGCUGAAAGGGAACAGCAGCGAGUCGUUGAAGCGGGACUUUGAGCGGGAAGCGGAGAUGCUGUCCUCGCUGGAGCACGAGAAUAUCGUCACGUUCUAUGGCGUCUGCACCGAAAGUGACCAGUGGAUGAUGAUCUUUGAGUUCAUGGAAAAUGGGGAUCUCAACAAAUUUCUUAGAAUGCAUGGGCCUGAUGCUGCAAUGCUGAGAGCUGGAGAUAUGAGCCAAGAACUUCAACAGCAGCUUACAAAAGAGCAGUUGAUGAAGAUUGUCAUUCAGAUUGCCAGUGGUCUUGAAUACCUGGCGUCGCAACAUUUUGUCCACAGGGAUGUGGCCACCAGAAAUUGUCUGGUGGGCGCUGACCUGGUGGUGAAGCUGGGCGACUUUGGAAUGUCCAGGGAUAUUUAUUGUACAGACUACUACAAAGUAGACGGUACUGCUAUAAUCCCUGUCCGGUGGAUGCCUCCAGAGAGCAUCAUGUACAGGACAUUCACUGUGGAGUCUGAUGUCUGGAGUUUUGGUGUCACACUCUGGGAGGUCUACACUUAUGGCAAACAGCCUUGGUUUGAGUACUCCAACAUAGAGGUCAUUGAGCAUAUUAAGAACCACAGGACUCUUCGACGGCCUCCAAUUUGUCCUGAUGUCAUUUACAAAAUCAUGACGGGCUGCUGGAAGUCCAGUCCCCAGGACAGGCUGACCAUGAAGGAGAUCACAAGACUGCUGGAGACAGAACUUCCCAGCACACUGGUUUACAUUGAUAUUAUCGCUUAAUAAGGGUGCUACCGUGGUGCAGUGAAUUAACACAGUCAGUGUCUAUGUCGUGCUGGGGAUCCUAUCAGCAUAGCCUGAUUUAAUAUAGACUGGCUAAUGUUUGUGAGUAAUGGCGUAUUUAGACUUGGAAAGGUGCCUGGUGUAUUUGUGAUAAGAGCCCUUUUAUAAGUCCAGAUAUUAUAGGCCUAUGUCAGUGCUGAAUAUUUAUUUGGGGCUAUAGCUUGUGUUGACUUGGAAAGGUCCUGGUGUAUUUGUGAUAAGAGCCCUUUUAUAAGUCCAGAUAUUAUAUGUCAGUGCUGAAUAUUUAUUUGGGGCUAUAGCUUGUGUUGAUUUGGAAAGGUCCUGGUGUAUUUGUGAUAAGAGCCCUUUUAUAAGUCCAGAUAUUAUAUGUCAGUGCUGAAUAUUUAUUUGGGGCUAUAGCUUGUGUUGACUUGGAAAGGUCCUGGUGUAUUUGUGAUAAGAGCCCUUUUAUAAGUCCAGAUAUUAUAUGUCAGUGCUGAAUAUUUAUUUGGGGCUAUAGCUUGUGUUGAUUUGGAAAGGUCCUGGUGUAUUUGUGAUAAGAGCCCUUUUAUAAGUCCAGAUAUUAUAGGCCUAUGUCAGUGCUGAAUAUUUAUUUGGGGCUAUAGCUUGUGUUGAUUUGGAAAGGUCCUGGUGUAUUUGUGAUAAGAGCCCUUUUAUAAGUCCAGAUAUUAUAUGUCAGUGCUGAAUGUUUAUUUGGGGCUAUAGCUUGUGUUGACUUGGAAAGGUCCUGGUGUAUUUGUCACUUAUUUGUGUUAAGAGCCCUUUUAUAAGUCCAGAUAUUAUAGGCCUAUGUCAGUGCUGAAUAUUUAUUUGGGGCUAUAGCUUGUGUUGACUUGGAAAGGUGCCUGGUGUAUUUGUGAUAAGAGCCCUUUUAUAAGUCCAGAUAAUAUAUGUCAGUGCUGAAUAUUUAUUUGGGGCUAUAGCUUGUGUUGCCUAGAGGUAAAUCAGGCCUUGUUUGUAAGCUUCGGGAUAUUAUACGAUCGUGCAUAGAUAGGAAUGGCCAUAGUCUGAGUGAAUCGCCUUAGUCUAGAGGCAUCUUGAACAGACAAAUUUAUUAUAUUAUUCAUUAAAAAUGUUUGAAUGCCUUCACUUAAAAAAAAUAGUGAUAUGCAGUGGUCAUGUUUUGCUAAAUCUCUUAAAAAACUUUUGCCAAAAGACAAAAAAAAUGAAAUGUAAAAACUUUUACUUGUGUGCAUUAUAUGGACAAAAUCUACAUUUAUGAACUUGAGACGAAUUAUAGUCAGAGUGUUGAUUUUUCAAAAAUGCUAGUGUCGUCGAAAAAGUUUGAUGACAAAUUGUGAUGCAGUGAUUUCCAACAGAUUCAGAUCUAUGUGGUGCAUACUUAUUAGAGAACUCAUUGUUCUAUCUUUAUUUAUUUCAAUGUUAAAUAUGUAUAAAUCUUGUUACCAUUUUAAAAUUAAUAUUUUGAGGGCUAUUUAAUGUACAUUUUGUUUUUUAUGUUCAACUCCAAUUGAAUAGCAUGCCUCUGGACUGUCGUUGGGUCCCUGUCUACUGCCAUCUCUCCCUGUCCUGGGAGGUUUGGGGUAGGAUGUAAUUAUAUUCAAAUUUGGAAAAAAUUCAGAAAUUUUCUGAUGUUCAAAUGAAAUUCUUUGCAGUGAUUUUCUUAUGGAAUUUACUUUUUUUUCAUCAAGCUUCUCCGGCUAGAAUCUAUACCUAGAAUUUGAGAUCUAGUCCCUUGACAAAAAUGUCCUUAUCUUUUGUGGGCGCGUCUGUAGCAAGUAAAUUUACUUAUGGAGAAACUAGUCUCUGUUCAGACUUUCUUCUGUUGUUAUACUUUGGGGUGGGCGGAUAGAUUUAUCUUGAAGAAUCUCUCUGAGUGAGUUCCCUAGUAAAAACUAACAGCCACUUAUCUACUUCACUAAUCAGUAGGCCUACUUUGAUUAUUUCCCAGAUUUAAUGUUUUGUUUCUUGCAUUCUGAAUAAAGCAACUUUUGUAUUAUCUUUCUGAUGCCUUUUCACAAGAGUUUAUGAAUUGGCCUACUAGACACCUAUAGGACCUACGUGUUUAUCUAGGCUCUCGUUUCAAUAACAUUUCUAGGCCUACUUAUCAAGCCCGUAUUUUUUCUUGACUAAUUCGGACAUAAGUUGUCAUGCUCAUUAUUGUGGCUAGUAGAUCCAGCAGUCUUGUUUGAUUGUAUAAAACUAACGGUGUUUCAUCAACAUUAGUGUCCAUCACAGCGUUUUAAUUUUUGUAACACCUAGAGAUUUUGAUUUUUUUUUAGUCUGUGUAACAUAUAGGCCUAACUCUUUUACCAUGAUAAUUAGUCUUUAUUUAGUUAUUUUAAUCCUAAUAAUUGACAUUUUUCUGGCUAGAAAGGUCUUGCUCUAAUUUGAGUCCCAUUUUUUGUAAUUCAUCUAAUUUUUGUUUUGUUUCAAUAAUUCAGCAUCUUAAAUUGUUUUAUGCUUUAUACAUAAAUCUAUAUAUUAUGUUGUCAUCUUCUGUUUUGUCAUUUAGCCAGGUCAUAAAAAUCAAAAUUAAUAAUGGAUUGUUUUUUGUUUUUGUGUUGUUUUUUUUUUAGACUCAUUUAUUUAAACUCAUUAAUGAUUAUAAGUUGUUCCCACACACGUAGAAAGUGGUCCAUGGUUGUAUUGGACCACAAAAUGUAAUGUAGCCUAGGUUAAUAAGAUGUUAUUUACUACCUCAUAUUAUCAAAACUUUUUUGAUGAAAAACGUCUUUGAAACCUUUCAGUUGGUCUCCUAUGAUCUAAAUUUUCUAAAGCCUUGAUGUUAUCUUAAAUCGGAUUAGAGCAGAUCAAACUCUUAUAGUCAAAAUUCCAGUGGCUUUAAGUUUUCAACCAAUGUUUUUGAAAGGGAGAAUUUAACUUUUUAUGGUCCCUCUGAAACAAAAUGUCAUGUUGAUAAUGACCGAAAAUAGUCAAUCAUGGCAUUGCGUUCUUUUACCUCAUAUAAAAAAUAGAAUUGUUCAAUAAGUCUGAUUGAUAAACGUAUCUACAUGUUAUACAGAACUAGACAGGUGAUAUACAAAAUAUAUCAGAAAUAUAAAAAAAUAUCAGAUAUUCAAUUUCACCUAUCUCUUAGUCUUUUGAACCGUUGGGGCACUACACAAGAUCAGUUGACUGUCUUUCUUCAUUCUUCUUUUUCUUUUGCAUUGGAUAGAGCUUCCUUCAAAGACAGGCCUGUCCAUUCUUUUAUGUUGUCUUCCCUUCGCUUUCUCUGUCUGCCUCUUCUUUUUCCUGGUAAUGUUCCCUAACGGAAUGUCUUUUCGAGCCCUUGGGACCUUUUGGUAUAAAGAGUUUAAUUUUGCGUUUUAUUGACAGAAGUUAGCAAGUCAUCAUGAGGUCCACUUGCUGUAUUUUUCAAUAAAUACUCAUCUUUUAAUAAGAGAAGGUAAACAAACAGCACUUGGUUAUUCACCAAAAUAGCUAUUUUAUUUUUCUCAUCGAAAUAUAUAAAUAAGGACAAGUGGAAUUACGCCAAGCAUAAUUAAGUAAUAAUAAAUUCUGUUCAGUAAACUGUUACACAGUGCAGCAUGUUGUGUUAAUGCAGCUUAUUGAAUGUUAUUUCAUGUUUACAUCAAGUGCCGCUAAACUGCUUGUUUAGAUGUUACGUGCUAAAGACAAAAGUUGCAUUUUUAGUGAGCGACUUAUUACUCAUGAUUUUUACUGUGUGUUUGUUGAAAGGUGCAUCUAAGGGACAACAUCGCAAUAAAAUUACUAGUUGAUGUGUGAGUUUAUGACUGAACUGUUGAUCUGUAUAAUAUAAAUUCACCUGUAUUUUUUAAAUGCUUCCUGUUUAAGAAUGUCUAUCGAGAAUGUGUCAGUAAUGGUUACUUAGAUGCAGUAACUUGUUUCAAAAAGUAAGUGUUAAUAAACUUUUUGUUAUAAUUUGCUAAUCAUCCCACUUCUGACACUAUGUAAUAUUUUUAAAAAAGGAAAUUUGUUUACCAACUAGGAAGUAUUAUUGCUAUCAAGUGACUCUUGCUGAUGUAUUAAACUUACUGAAGAAAAUAAUAUUUAUUAUUAGAAUAAUAAAUCUUUAUGUCAGGUAACAUUUUUUUUACAAAUCAAAAAUAGCAAUUUAUUAUCUUAAAUAAUUUUUUACUAAUAGGCCAAAGUCCUAUAUAUAUAUAUAUAUAUAAGCUAACAUAGCUUUAACAAUUACAAUGUGAUGCAGUUGUUUAAGACUUUCAAUUUUGCAGUUUCUAAAUCAUUAAAAUUUAUAUAGGCCUGUGACCUGACAUGUUGAAACAGGGGAGGUAACAAUGACUAGGGUUCGUUUGGGUACAGUGUACUAUACUCAAAUAUUUAUGUCACAUCUAUUACAAGUACUAAGGGGAAAAAAAAGUUCAAGUCUACACCAUUGUUUAUGCUCAAAAUGUAAAUGAUAUAUUGUUUAAACAGGACUUUUUAAAAUAGAUUUUUUAAGUUCUUACUUUUUUAAUUGAAAUUAUUCUUAUUAUUUUAGUUAAGUUGUUUAAAAAAUGUUCUUGACCAUUAAAAAUACCUAGAUUAA